AUGCUCACUUCACCAGCGGGAAUGGACGAUUGGCAACCUCCCAACAUCAACGCGGAUGGCCAGACACAGCUUCUGCCUCUCACGGGGGCGAGGGACGAGGACAUGACUUCUCAGCCGCCCACGCCACCCGCACCGCUUGAGCAACCAUUGGCAAUGAAUUGGCUACCCUUCGACGAUUCUCUCACCGACUUUCCACUAUUGAGCGGACUUGAGCUUACACCGCCAAUGUAUGUGGCGGAUGCUUCAGCGAUGCCGCCAGGAGCAGGACGUGACCAGGCUACACCAUCCCAAUACCACUCCGAGCAUCUGAGUGUAGACAACAACUUCACAUCGCACCACAAUCAUCUAUCUGAUUUAAUCCAAUCCAUGGGCGGUAUCCAGCAGGAAUGGGCUGAGAACUACGACUCGUAUGCCUUGGAAGCUACUUCGUCCUCCGACCAACUCAGCAGUCUCUACUCCAGCGGAGCUGGUUUCAGAUCAAGUCAGGCUGACCGUUGCUUCCACCGUCGUCAUUUAGCUAGCACAACCGAGACCUCACCAACUGCUCAAGAAGGCCAGGAACCAUGGCUUACAGCCCUCGCUACAAAGGUAGAGGAGAAUGAGCGUGACCCUGAUUCUCGCUUCAUCGUCCCAGAGGACAUAUUCCAGGAGAUACUUUUGAGGCUGUGCCCCCAGCCAGGGAGCCAGUCAUUUACGCAUUCAUUUCUCCAUUACAAAUCUUUACUACUCAAUAAGUCAUCGUUGAGCCUGUUUCUGAGGUCCUACUUCAAGACGUUUCAUGAAAUCUAUCCGUUCAUCGACUGGUCUUUUCUUUUCAUGCCCGUAUGGGGCUGGAGUCUGACCUUGGCAGUCGCUGCUAAUGGUGCUCGAUACCUUGGCUUGGCACCACUCACGCAACUGAGCGAAGAACUCUGUCACGUCCUCCAUAACUUGCUUCUCGGCGAGCUCCACUUCCAAAAGGCUCAAGAUUCGCUCCCAUAUCUUCAGGCACGAGCCUUGGCAGCUUCUGGUAUGUGCCAGAGCCAGCAACCUGAUGUCCUCAAGGCUGGCUUCGCCGCGUGGGCGCUUGUGACAAAUUCCUGCCAGCAGCUGCGUAUUCUGAGCGAAGAUGACCACAUUGGGGCUUACGAACAGGGACAAGACCUGGACAGAACCUGGAUAGCGUGGCGGUUUCGGGAAACACGGCGGAGGACUGGAUUCUUCAUCUGGCUGACUGACUGCUAUCUCGCCUUUAUUUCUGAGAACCAGCCAACCCUGCCGCCUCAUGCAUUGAAGCUAAGAUUACCCUGCUGCGAGAGACUGUGGCAGGCCGAGACCGUUCAAAAGUGGUGCCUUCGAAACUCGCAGUCAGGCAAGGAGAGCUCCGGGGUCGCAAUGACCAGUGAGGAAACAUCACGAGACAUGGCAGUUGACCUUACGCAAAAGCUAUGGCGCGGCGAACCCCCGCCGUCCGGAACGUCCUUCUUUGCCACUCUGGUUCUGCUGUUCGGCCUUUUACGCAAGCGAUGGACCAUGGUUCAUUACAUCAAGGACUUGUUGCCUUCAACCGGCCAAAGGCCGCAGUACUGCGGUGCUGUUCCUGAAUACAUACGGUGGCGCAACCAGACCUGUGAUUCACUGGACCUCUUGCACUGGGAGGCUUUGAGCGCCUCCAUCAAGUCCGGCGGCUUAGAAGGCCCGAUAUUUCUUCAUCUGCACUUAGCAAGACUUGUGAUCCUGGCUCCCGUUCGAGAGCUGCUCGAUCACGUCACAGAUGUCACGCAAGCAUCCAAGCCGCAACUUCUCCCGCACACACUGUACUACUAUCCGAGGAACGAGGCAUCCUGGCGUAGAACUAUGCUUACCUGGUUCUGUCAAGAUCGCUACAAAGCUCGGUUGGCUACUAUACACGCCGGGGCCGUAUUUUGGCAUACAAGGCGGUACUCCUCUGGAUCAUUUGCGGAUCCAUAUACAAUCUUCCUCGCCACUCUAGUUCUCUGGACAUUUGGGACUGCCUCGGCGUUUGUUCACUCCGAUUCUCAGCUAGACAUGGCGGGCGAGCUAGAAUCCCGGCCGCAGGUCUUGCCAGGAGGGUUAGAAGCCUUGAGCUCGCAAGAGCAAGAUGUAGGCAAUAGAAGGCGAAUGCCCCGUAUGAUUCAAGUUGAUCGACCCCUGGACGAUGAACUUGUACAGCACUUUAUUCGAUCAGGUGAAGGGAUGCGCGUUCAUCUUGAGGGCAUAGACGACUUGUGCUCCCUGGAAGGGUCGUUGCAGAUCUUGCACGAAGGUGCUGUGAUACUCUUACAAGGUCCAAAAGUUUGGUCUCUAGCUGGGGCUUACGCUUCUGUUCUGAAGUCACUUGCUGUAAUCGCCCCUGGGUGA